UCCGUCCGCGCGUGUGCCUCCGUGUGUGUCUCUCCGUGUCUUUGUGAGCCGGCGAGUGUGAGAGAGGAGGUGCCCCCCAAGUGCGAGUCGCCGUGUGCAGGAGUCUGAUGGGUGGCUUCGCGGGCUGGGAGGGGUGGGCUCCGGCAGCGGUCCCAUUCCCCACUCCCCUCAGGGUUUACACUACUACCGGGGGGAAAAAAAGAAAGAAAGAAAAGGUCGGUUUCUUUUUGCUUCCUGCAGUCUUUCGCCUUUUGGGUUGAAAUAACCCAAACUCCUAGAUUUCAAGGAUUUCCCCCCUCCCCCGCCAUGAACUCUCCUUACUGUUCUCCGAACAGAUAAUUUUUCUUUUUUUUUUUUUUUUAAAUGAGAAGCGUUAUUUAGCUUUUGCACCCCGCCCCCCGCCUUCUCUAAUUGCCAUGUAGCAGGCAUGAGGUUAAAGGAUAAGCUAGCCCAGAAGGAUGCUGUGCUACGGUAUUUAUUUAUUUUGAAAGGAAGGGUGUAAUUAACCCUAAAUAACAGCCCUGGUAGCCUGCAGAGGGGAGCCUCCUGGCCCUAUCAAAGGCCGGCAGAACAGGGAGGGACUCAGGCUGACAUGAAGUCACAGAUACCGAAACUAUGUGCCUGAUAAUGAUAUAAUUAGGGGAUCAGAGAUUUCUGACUGCUGCGGACUUCAAAAGCUUUAAAAGAACCAGCAGUCUCUCCUGUAGCCAUCUUGACUAAAGCAGACAUUUUUGUUUAAUCACUACAUACAGUAACAAGAAAGGGGGGGAAACAGAAGAGCAUUGUUCACUGUUUCCAAAUACCAGUCCCCUUUCUGGGCCUUUUGCAUGCCACAGGAAGAAAGUUUAUGAAACGACAGAAAUAUAGUUUUAAUACAGUAAUACAAAAGUCCAUUCAACUUGUUGAAAUGUGGCUCCAAUUAAAAAAAAAAGUUGUUAGAACUUUCGUAGUUACCUGUCAAAAUUGGAUUAGACUGUUUUAGGUCAUUGAAAAUACAGUAUUUUAAAUAGGAUCUCAUAAACAUUUUACUCUUUUUUUUUUUUCAUUCGGUGCUCUUUUUCUGCACUGGGCUUGAGGUGCAUGGGAUCAAAAUGGACUUUGAAUCUGGUUUAUUUCUACUUUAAAUCUGUUGGUGGAAUUAGUCAGGCUAGGGAUACGUAGUCAUCACCACAUAAGACUGGUGAGCUUUGUGCAAAGCAUCGAGUAAUCUUGGAAAGAGGAGCGAGAACCUCUAAAAAGCAAGGUUCCAACUUGAAGGUCUUCCUGGAGAAGGGACUUCGGCCCAGAGUGGGACAGACCAGGGAGCCCGCCAACCGACGCUAGAGCAGGACCUCCAGCUUUGGACAGUUAAACUCAAAUUGCCAGAGAUCUGUGAUUAGCUGGAAGAUAUUUUUCUGUUUUUGUGUGUUUUUUUUUUUUUUAAAGAACGAAAGCAUUAGCGUCUGAUGAAAACUCGAGCAUACCAUACAGUGGCCUGGAAUUUGGACAGAUAAUUAAAUGAGACACCUCACUCAGGCGUUCACAUUCGCAGAGAGGAGGAGGAGGAAGAAAGGAGAGGGUCUAUAAAACCACAGUCCCUGGUGUUUAAUUUCAGAGCCGGGGUUUCAGUAACUACUAGAACUUCUGAUCGGGAAGCGGGGAAAAGGUGAAAUCAGAUGCUACUGUGAUGCUGCCCACUGCGUGGCAACCGGCUAUAUGUGUAAAUCCGAGCUGAACGCCUGCUUCUCGAGGCUUCUCGAUCCGCAGAACACAAACUCCCCGCUCACCCAUGGCUGCCUGGACUCUCUUGCAAGCACAGCAGACCUCUGCCAAGCCAAACAGGCCCGAAACCACUCUGGCACCGCCGUGCCCACAUUGGAAUGCUGUCACGAAGACAUGUGCAAUUACCGAGGGCUGCACGAUGUGCUCGCCCCUCCCAAGGGGGAGGCCUCAGGACAAGGAAACCGCUCUCCGCACGACGGCGGCAGGAGCCUCAUCACCAGAGUGCAGGAGCUGACUUCCUCCAAAGAGCUGUGGUUCCGGGCGGCCGUGAUCGCCGUGCCCAUCGCCGGCGGCCUCAUUCUGGUGUUGCUGAUCAUGCUGGCCUUGAGGAUGCUCCGGAGUGAGAACAAGAGACUGCAGGAUCAGCGGCAGCAGAUGCUGUCCCGUUUGCACUACAGCUUCCACGGACACCAUUCCAAAAAGGGGCAGGUGGCCAAGUUGGACUUGGAGUGCAUGGUGCCGGUGAGCGGCCACGAGAACUGCUGCCUGACCUGUGACAAGAUGAGACAAGCGGACCUCAGCAACGACAGGAUCCUCUCGCUCGUCCACUGGGGCAUGUACAGCGGGCACGGGAAGCUGGAGUUUGUAUGAUGGGGUCUGACCCCAAACCGAAGUUCUUGGACGCUGGAAGGCUUGGGGUUCUGCUGGACAGGAGCACUUUAUCUGCAGAAAAAGGAACUCACCGAAUCACCUUUGAGAGACGGAAUGACCUCUGCAAACAGAAUCUUGGAUAUUUCUUCUGAAGGAUUAUUUGCACAGACUCUUAAAUACAGUCAAAUGUAUUAUUUGCUUUAAAAUUAUAAAAAGCAAAGAGAAGACUUCAUACACACUGUUACCAGGGUUUUGCGUCUGAGCGAGCUGGAAUUGAGUACCUAAAUAAACUAAAAUGUGCUCUGUGUAAGCUCCAACAUCUUGAUUUAUUGUAAAGAUUUAAAAAAAAAUAGAUAUAUAUAUAUAUUUUGUCUGAAACUUAGCGGUGUCUUGUCAUAAAUUAAAAACCAAGUGGGAAGUGUAAGAAACUUCAUGUUAAUUAUACAAAUGAAGUUCUGUUGUCGCUCAACUAUAGGAUUUGGCUUGAUUUUUGUUUGUUUGCUUUGUUUUGCUUUGUUUUUUUGUUUGUUUGUUUGUUUUUGGUAUUUAAAUAAGACCAAGAUCUUGUUUGUCCUUACCUGCAUAUUUGUAGUUUUCUUACAGUGUGGAGAAUUUCCAACUGUGUCCUGCCCAUCAUUCGGUGUCUUACCCACAUGUUUUUGUUAGGUGUUAGGAUAACCCUGGUUUUUAGCUUUCACCUAUGAGAAAUCCUAAACUUUUUUAGACCAGGUGGAUAUGGUGGAUCAGUGUCUAGAGCUGAGAAAAGGUCAUAUUCAUCAACUUCAGUUGCUCUGAAAUGCUUUUUAAAAAUGUGUCUACCUCCAACCAAAUAAGAAAAACCAAACCAAGUCCGCUAAACGAAACUUCUCGUAGUUAGUCACUGUCUACUUUUACUACGUUUGGAUUGAUUUACCAUAUCAGUUGGCUUCUGUCUCAGACCAAUUUAAGUAUUUUGGAUCCCAAAUUAGCCAAAUUCAAUUGUGUUAUGCUCCUAGUUUUCAAACCUUCCUUCAAUGCAGUGUUAUACUAAUAUAUAUUUUUUUCAGUGUUUAGAAAGGGUUUCAAUACUGAGGGUUAUUUGUAUCAACUGAGAUUUAAAGAACACUAGGGUCCUAUGCCCCCCCACAUCGACUUCAGCCACUGACACACUGAGUAACAGUGUUUUCACUCCUGUAGGACCUUCUGUCUGGCAAGACUGCUCAGCCUGAAUUCAAACCCAUGCCAUGUUUGUGUACUUUCCCCCCCAAAUAGGUCUUUGUUAUCCUAAACGUGAGAAGAAUUUGCCACCUUGGAUUCUUUUUUUCUUCUUUUCCUGAUUCUUUUGUAUAUUUGAAACUUCUGCUUAAAAAUGAACCUCUAGUCUGCAUAUGUGAGGAUGGGGUUUUCUUUUACUGAGUGUUAAAAGAUUGUGUGUGUGCAUAUUUGGGGGGUUAUUUUACGAUAAGCAUAAUUGGGGUCCUUUAAGACAGAUGCAGUUGCCAAGUUCAUGGGAGAAUCAGAUUCGAAAUGACUAGUCUAAAAAAAUGAGUACCUAGAUUAUCCAAUAAUUAAGAGGCCACAGCCCCAUACAAAAUAGGCUAUGGAAUAAAUACACAUUUUAAUAAAUGA